CUAUGUCAAAAAGCAUGAUUGAGUUCAAAAAGAGAGAAAUAAAUUAAUAUGAUUAGAUGGUUUAGUAUUAAUUCAAUCAUAAGAUAUUUGAUUGCAGUAAAUUUAUAAUACAUUUUAUCUAAUGAUCAUGACCAAUUAGCAGAUCUUAAGUAGUUUAUAACAAAACUAACUAACAACUACUACUUAUAACUAAAUAUAACAACCAACACUAUUAACUCUAAUAUAUUUUAAAACAUACAUAGGUUUUUUAUCCUAAGUUUCAUCAUAUACUUUAUAUUUUCCAUAAUUUUUUCAAUAAAAAAAACACGAAUAAGUUAAAAAUAAAAGUCUUUAAAUAUUAAAUAAAAUAUGAAAUUAACAAAAUAAGUAUUACUAUUUCAUUGUGCAAACUUGCCUAAAAAAAGUUAAGAGAGAUUAUUAGUAGUAGUAAUCAAUAGAGAUGAUCCUAUCAAUUGCAAAUUUCUGCAUACGACCACCAGAAAUAGCAUGUGAAAAAACGAGGAUCUCUGCAUCCAAAGAAAACUUGAACAAUGAGGAAAUCCGGUGGCAGAAGAAAAAAAGAUAAAGUUGGAUCCCCGAAUUCCGGUUCACAACCGAAUUCUCCAUCGUCACCGAGAUCCACGGCGUUUGAUCCUCGCCCAAGCCCAAAGAAGCCCGACCAGAAUUCGCCUCUCAAGCCUGAGUCCAAGCCCGAGCCUGAUUCCUUAAAUGAACAUGUCACGGCUGCGUCCAGACAGUUGAAGCUUGCUUAUGAUCAUGACAUAAGGCUAGCACAAAUGCCAAUAAAUUGCAGCUUCAGAGAAUUAAGAGAUUUAGUGAAGAAGAAAUUUCCAAUGUCGAAUUCAGUUUUGAUAAAGUACAAAGAUAACGACGGUGAUUUGGUUACUAUAACCUCCACAGAAGAACUCAGAUUAGCCGAAUCUACCGUUGAUAAAACCUUUUCAAUUGGAAUUCUGAAACUAAAUAUCAUCGAAGUUAGUCCCGAACAGGAACCAUGGGUGUUAGAAGAAGGAGAAGAACAAGAAAAACAUAUAGAUUGUGUUUUGGAUGAGAAAAAGGCCACUACUGAAUGCAAGAAAGUAGCAGAGAAUGUAGAAGUUGAUGAUUGGUUAUACGAAUUCGCUCAGUUAUUUAGCUCGCAUGUUGGCGCCAGUCAAUCUAUUGAUUUCCGCGAGUUAGGAACGGAGUUUUGCUCAGAGGCACUUGAAGAUAUAGUGACCUUUGAUGAAGCUCAAGAUUUGUUUUACAAAGCUGAGUUUAAGUUUCAAGAGGUUGCUGCUUUGGCGUUUUUCAAUUGGGGAAACGUCGACAUGUGCGCUGCUAGGAAGUUUGUUAAAUUAGAUGAGAAUGAGAAUGAGGUUGUGGUAAUGAAAGAAUCAGAGUUUGAUUUUGUCAAGGAAAAGUACUAUUUAGCGCGAGAAAAGUACGAACGUGCGGUGGUGAUUAAACCUGAUUUUUACGAAGGGUUAUUGGCUAUUGGACAGCAACAAUUUGAAUUGGCUAAGCUUCAUUGGUCAUUUGGUAUGGUGAAUAAGAUGGAUUUAGGUAAAGAGACGCUGCGCCUUUUUGAUGUUGCGGAGGAGAAGAUGAUGGCUGCGAGUGAUAUGUGGGAGAGGUUGGAAGAAGGGAAACUUGGCGGGCAAGGAAGCGGUAUGAGAUCCCAGAUUAAUCUUUUUUGGGGGAAUAUGUUAUUUGAAAGGUCUCAAGUGGAGUUUAAAUUGGGAAUGAGAGAUUGGAAGAGAAAACUCGAUGCUUCUGUUGAAAGGUUUAAGAUUGCUGGAGCUUCCCCGGAUGAUGUUUCGACGGUUUUGAAGAAGCAUUGUUCCAAUGGGAAUGCUAGGGACGGAGACGUGAAGGGAUCGCCAAGAACACAGAAUGUAGUCAAAAUGAUGAAAUAGAGACGGAUGAUCGUGGUUGAACUUGAAGCUUUUGGUUAGUUCUGUGGUAAUAUAAGGAGAUUAUUUUUGAUCAUUUUAUUCUGCAGUAGAGUUUGCAAUAACCAUUUUUACACCAUAAAUAUUAGUCUAUUGUUCAUGUUGUCUUGCUAUCAUAUGAAUGUGUUGUUACAAUGUGUUAAUUCCAUGCUAUCUUGAAAAUGUUUGUUUGAUUGUUUUAUUCUUUCAAAUGUUGCCUGCGUUGCCUAUUUUACAGUGAGGUAUUGAUGUGCUGCAUUGAAUUUA